AAAUCAGAAUCCUCGCAAUGGACGGCGAGUUCGCGGGCCAUAGCCCUCUAUCGACGCCGGUGCAUUCACAUCCCCUCGCGCUCGACGCGCCGUCGGCUAGCGGUCGUCGGACGCGCCAUCGCAACAGCAACGCGACGGAGAUAUCGACGACGUCGACUCCGAGCAGGCGUGGCAGCAGUCCGCCCACUACGAGAUCGCACCUCCUGGACAGCCCGAACGAAAGGGGCCAUGCACACGACGGAACCGGACCCACUUGGGACGGAAGCGUGCGCAGGUACGCGAAGGAGAAGCGGAGAUCGCUGAACGUGACUCUUGGUGACCGCAAGGCAUCAUCGAACUCGCUGUCUGUGCUCUGGGAAGGCCAGCGAGAAAGGUCCGGCUCGCAUCGUGCGCCGCCUCUGAUCGUCGUCGGUCCGUCUCCCGAGAAACCGGUCAGGAGCGAUACAGGUGCUGGCACGGCUGUGGACCCGAUCCUUGCGACUCGUUGGCACGAAUACUCGGACACUGCGAUCCAAUCGGCCGUCUCGCAGCUUACGGCCUCAUACUCUCCCGCCGAUCCCAAGUCCUCGUCUCAUCCAUACCACGAAGUCGUGCGGACGCUCAGCGCGGCCGUGCACAACCUUACGAAAGCUAGGCUUGAACUAGAAGAGACGAGGAAGAAACUGGAGGAGAAGGAGCGUAGCAUGAAGGAAAGGGCACAAAACCUCGUGGGCGAGCUGAGAGGCGCCGAGAAGGACGUCGCGAGGAGGCUGUUGCAGAGUCUAUUCACUGACGACGAUGAGGAGAAGCAUCAGGUUAAGAGGCAGCAGAGUCAGAUGUCUAUAACAGAGUCUCUCACCGAGGCCAUUGAGGACGAAGUGCCCAUCUCUCGCUCCCAUCCGGAUCAACAUACCAUACCGCCGCCUCCAUUCUCCCUCACGUCAUCUGAUCGACGCAAGGAAGGAAACUUUACGCCGACCGAUUCCGGUCCUGCCGACGCUAGAUCCAUCACCUCCUACUUCUCAGGGAGAGGUGGCGGAGAAACUGCAUCCGUAGCGUCCGGCGAUCACGAGAGCUCUUCUCAGCGUGCAGAGAAGGACAAAACCGACAAGGCGUUUAUCGGAGAUUGGAUGGGCACAUGGUGGACGAAAGGCAGAACUGCGAGAGACAGGUCGGCCUCAUCACGAUCUGCAGCCCCUUCCAAUCCCACUACCACGUCGUCGCCGAGUCGGGAUCCAUCGGUACCUCCACCAUCUUCCGAGGACGAGCCGUCCGUUCAAGAGAUUCUAGCCCAGCAAGACCUCCAGGACGACCCUGGAGCUACCGUCACCUCGAAACCCACCCGGAGCUCCAAACCUUCAGAACAGAGACGGAAAGCGAGAAGCGUCUUUGGGACUCUCAGUUUUGGGAUGCUUGGCUCAGCCACAUCCACCUCGGGUUCGGGUCAGGGUCAGUCCACCAAGAAGCCAGCCCUCGCUCCGGCAUUGUCUUCCAGAUCUGUUCCGUCUCUCGCCGGCGUCACCGUGUCUCCAGAGGACGACGGAAAUGAGGAGUUAACGCCAACGACCCGUCCCCGUCCUUUCAGUGCGCCGAACACCGCUCAGAGUAUCCUCCUCGACUCCCCGGAGGAUUCCACCAAACUUCCUCAGGGCUCCUCCUUACGCGCCAUAGUGCAUGCGACGCGCGUCAUGACAGCCGAUGCGUCCAGCAUACUCGCGGACGGCGGGGCGGAAGCAGGGCCUUUGAUCAAGGAGCUGGCCUUCGCGCUAGUCUCAAAUGCGAGGGCGGAAAGCGUCACGCUGAGAGAGAAACUAAGGGACCGCAAGCCGAAAUCGCGCCAGUCAGACGUCCACGCGCGAGAGACUUCCGUUCCGACGGCCGCGCCUCCAUCCUCAUCGCCCACGUCGGAGCGGCCGCCUGCGGGGAGGAGGAAGAGCAACCCCGGGUUGUCGCUCGCUUCGGAUGCUGUCAAUGCUCCUGCAUCCACGACGAAACGGAACAGGUCAAACCUCUUGAGCGACGCGUUUGGCUCCGCGAGUCCUAUGUUUGGGGACUUCUUCGCGCAGCAACAGAGGCGGAUCAGCAGCGUCGUCGACGCGGUGCAGAAAGGCACGGGCGUGCAGGUAGUCGAGACCCAGCAUCCGUCCGCUUCACAAGCGGGUGGCGGUGGCGGGCUGCAGGUUGCGCCGGCUAGACCGCCAGGCGCACGAUCGGUUGCGCUGGAGAGCAUCAUACCCGAAGCCUUCAAGCCGCCCACCCAAUAUCUUUCGCGCACCUAUACUCCGCUCACAGCGCGCGACUUUCGGGCGUCGAUACCUUUGCCGAACUCGGCCGUCUCUAGGUUGUCUAUCUACGGUGGACAAGAUCAAGAGCCGUUGACCGACAGAUACGGGUUUAUGUACGACGUCAGCGAGUACGACCUGCUCUUGUUACUCAGGGCGAGGGAGUGCGGGAACUCGGCACCUGCAUGUCUGACGGGGGUAAAGAUUGCGGAUAGGAGAGAAGAUGAGGACUGGGAUGGAGAGCAGGAGGAGCAGGGGCAGAUUGAAGUCAUCAGAGGGGUUUGCGACUGCGGAGGGGAAGGCAUCGUACCUGGGGACGGGAUGGGAAACGAAGGCCACGAUGGGGAUUCGAUAUCGACCAGGAGCGUCAAAUCCCGGACCAGCUCUCCGUCGAGGGAUCGACAGCGAUCUUCUACCCUUUCUGGAUCCGCAUCCACUGCGCCGACGUCGGUCCCGUCCUUGAAGUCGGACACGUCCGUGCUCUCCCUGGAGCCUGCUACGCUGAGGCACACGUGUGCCGCCACAGUGCGCAAAUUGCUGGGUCAGUUGAAAGACAUCCACGACCAGCGCCAGGUGAACAGGAGGAAGGAAUGGGACGUGUUCGUACGAAGGCGAUCCAAAGCGAGGUCAAGCAAAAGUUCGAACGCCAACGCCCUUUCGUCCCAGUCAGGGAGUGGAGCAGCUGCUGUGCUCGGUCUGGAGCGAGACCUUGACGAGGAGGAGCUUGAACACUCCGAAGGGCUGAUUGGAUUCGCGCAGCUGGGCUUGUCGGGCAGCAAGGACGAGAAGAGAGAGCUGGAGAAGUUGGUGCGCGGCGGGAUUCCGCUAGUCUACAGGAGCAAACUCUGGUUCGAGUGCUCGGGGGCGCUGGAGAUGCGGGAACCGGGACUGUUCACAGACUUGCUGGCUGGACAGGGAUCGAAAGACGUGGAAAUGGAGAUCGAGAAGGAUGUGGGCCGGACCAUGCCCCUAAACGUCUUCUUUGGCGGCGAUGGGGCAGGAGUGGAUAAGCUGAGGCGCGUCCUCGUCGCGUAUAGUCGGCGUAACCCGUCUGUUGGCUACUGCCAGGGGAUGAACCUCGUCACAUCCACCCUUCUCCUGGUGCAUGCCGAUGAAGAGGAAGCGUUUUGGGUUCUUUCUGCCAUCAUCGAACGCAUCCUUCCCGAGGACUUUUUUGCUCCGUCUUUACUGCCGUCUCGCGCAUGUCCGCUUGUGCUGCUGGACUACGUGAAGGAGUUCACGCCCAAGUUGUCUGCCCACUUGCAGGAGCUGGGGGUGGACCUCGCAGCUAUAUGUUUUUCGUGGUUCUUGUCUUUAUUCACAGAUUGUUUACCUGUGGAGACCUUGUUCAGGGUCUGGGACCUGUUUCUCAUGGACGGGCUCGAUGUCCUGUUCCGUAUCGCGCUUGCGAUCCUCAAGAACAACGAGCAAGAACUACUGGCGUGCAGAUCGGUGCCUGCUCUGUACGUUGCAUUGGAGAGCCUACCGACGCGCAUGUGGCCCGCCGACAAGCUCCUCGCACAGGAGAUGGAGCUACGUUCGUCCAUAGGCCAUGCAGACCUAGUGAAGAGGCGAAAUGUGCGCGUCGAGGAAUUACGCAAACUUAUGACUUGAGGAAGCUGCUGUCUCUCCACCAAGCUCGUCACUGUCCCCAUCUGCCAAUCUAAUGUACUGUAAAUCGCUUUCGUUAUGCUUCGUUCGUUGUCCGCGUUUCUCAGCUCGCACUCCGUUGUUCGCCCUACACAUGCAUAAUUGCCACCAUCCCGGACGUCAUCACGAAAAUGGAUUCUCACUUCUGUAUUC